UAUAUAUAGGAGAGCUGUGCUGUCUGUGUGUAAGAGAAAGAACUGCUCUGUUGCUGCUAUACAGUCUGGUCAUUAUGGCUGAGAAAUUUGUAGGAACAUGGAAGAUGGUGGAUAGCAAGAAUUUUGAUGAAUAUAUGAAAGCUAUCGGUGUGGGUUUUGCCACAAGACAGAUUGGAAAUGUAACAAAACCAACAACUAUAAUUUGCCUGGACGGAGACCGUAUUGUGGUACAAACACAAAGCACCUUUAAAAACACAGAAGUCAGCUUCAAACUCAAUGAGGAAUUUGAUGAAACGACUGCAGAUGAUCGCAAGUGUAAGUCAUUUGUUACUAUAGAAGAUGGUAAAAUGAAGCAUUUGCAGAAAUGGGAUGAAAAGGAGACUACACUGGUGAGAGAAGUCGACGGAGACAAACUGGUACUGACUCUAACGUUGGGGGGAGUGGUCAGUACACGCCAUUAUGAGAGAGCCUGAGAGCUGUAUUAUGGAUGUUUUAUUUUAUACAACGUUGAAAACCUUUACCGCGCAAAAACCAGCUGAAGCCUUGCCAACAACAAACUUUUCCCAGAUGUCUACCUUCUUAACUUCUCUUAAAGUGUUAGAAUCCUUCAGCAGGAAAUGGGUAACAUCACGUAAUAUUUUUGAGGCACUAGUUCCUGAAGACUCUACACAGGAUCUGUAUAUAAAAUAUGAAAUCUCUGAUUUUUUUUUUAAAAAAAACCUCCAGUGGUUUGAAGCUGCCUUUGGAAGAAACUGACCAUUAUAUAAAAAAAGAAGCAAAUGAAAAAAAGUGCUAUUUGGUGUGUCAACAAAAUGGAAGCAGCAUAAAUCUCUUAAAGUUUAUUAAAUAAAGCUGGGGGUUAUUUGGAAUAAAUUAAUGACACCUGAAGUGUUUGGGAAAUUGUAAUUACUGAUUUUGUUUUUAAUGUUAAAGUAACAAAGUUUGUUGAAUAAAUAAAAGGUAGUAAAACGGU